AUGAAAAGUUUCGCCGUCUUCGCGGCCUUCGCUGCCAGUGCCAACGCCCUCGUUGGCCGCAAUGCAGGGGCCUGCUGCUUCCACAUAACGGCAUCUGGUGGUAUGUCCGGCAACCUGGGCCAACUGAGUGAUGGCCAGAACCGCAUUGGGGACAAUAGUCUGUCCGCGUCUCAGUACUGUAUCAACUCGACCGGUGUCAUCACCGACAGCGUUGGUCGUGGCUGCAUCAUCACGUCGGAAACCACUCAAUUCCAGUGCGAUGAGGGUAAGGCCGGCACUCCGGGCUUCUAUGUCUCGUCCUCCGGCCAAUUGGAGUUCCACGGCAGUCCUGCCUUCAUUGCUUGUGAAACUGGCCAGAAUGGUGGCUCGAACAUCUACACCACCAACAGCACUUCCGUCACCAACUGCAAGAACAUCCGGAUGAGUGCCGACUCUUGCACGAGCACUGGCGCCAGUGCUGGCGGCUCGUCAUCUGGCACAGCUCCUUCAGGUCAACCUGGUUCCCCUGGUCAAUCUGGUUCCCCUGGUCAACCUGGGUCCACUGGCUCCCCUGCAGGCUCAGCCCCGGUUCCUAUUUCGGGAUCACCUAUUACAGUUGUGUCAACCGUCACUGUAUCUGAUUGCAGCUGCUCCGGGACCGGUGUUCCGGCUGCCCCUGCUGCAGGUCAAUCUUCCGCCCCCGGUGGUGCUCCAGCCCCUGGUGGUACCUCGCAGCCUUCUAGCUCUGCUGGUGGCUCUCCUCCUGCUAUUGUGCCAGUUGCCCCAGCUCCUGGUGGUCCCUCGCAGCCUUCUAGUGCUGCCGGUGGCUCUCCACCCGCUAUUGUGCCAGCUACUUCAGCUCCUGGUGGCUCCUCACAGCCUUCUAGCUCUGCUGGUGGCUCUCCUCCCGCUAUUGUGCCAGUUUCCCCAGCUCCUGCUGGUACCUCGCAGCCUUCUAGCUCUGCCGGUGGCUCUCCUCCCGCUUCUGUGCCAACUGCCCCAGCUUCUGGUUUCUCCUCUGUUGGCCCGAGCGGUGGCCCGGCUCCGUCUGGCAGCUCUCAACAAUCUGGUGGUUCUCAGCCCUCUGGUAGCUCGCGUCCCUCCGCGGCCCCAAGUGGCAGCCCAGUCCCUUCCAGUAGCUCUCACUCCUCCAGCUCAGCCGCUGGCUUCCAGCCCUCGAGCGCCCCCAUGUCUUCUGGCGCACCCGCUCCGUCCACCAGUACCCAUCCCUCGAGCCCUAGCGGUGGCGGUGGUGGCGGUGUCCCGAUCUCUUCUUCCUCGGCCUCGGCCUCAAGAUCAUCGUCCUCGAGCGGUAGCUGCCCUACCACCCUCUCUGGCGACUAUCAGUACCCCCACCUGAUGGUCCCGAUCAGCUCAUCAUCACCUGAUACCCCCGAGGGUAAUAGCUUCAACGGGACCAUUAACUCGAGUGUUUCGACCACCUUCAACUUCGACAUCCCGCAAUCGUACUCCGGCAAGACCUGCAGCCUGGUAUUCCUGUUCCCCAAGAAAACCGAUCUCCAGACUUCCUCGUACAGCUUCAGCGGCGAUGGCAAGAUUGCCAUCGGCAAGCUUUCGCAGACUGUCAGCAGCUCCACUACCUACAAUAACGUUCCUUCGGUCUCCAAGGGUCUGGGCACGAUCACCAUCUCCCCUGGGAACUCCUACGUUGUGUCCACUUUCUCGUGCCCGGCGGGACAGGCCGUCAGCUACGAGAUGAAGAAUGCCGGUAGCACUAACCUGAACUUCUUCGAAGACUGGAACCCGUCUCCUCUGGGUCUGUUCAUCACCACCUGCUAA